AUGGCCCCUGCGUAUGCGCUUCCGCCCCAGCAAGUUCUGCAACAGUACGACAUCACUGCGGCAUCUGGACUAUCUUCCCAGCAGGUGCUCCAAAAUAGGAAACUGUUCGGCGAGAAUGGUGAGUCGCACCGCUCAGAUGAGGGCGACCGGCCUUCGCACGUGUCGGACCACGUCAUCACGUUUCGGCCCGCUUGGCGCGCUGAUGUAGUCAGAUUUGUGGCUGACUGCUGAACCCAACCUACCCAUCGAUGUGUACGCACCUUGUAGUCUUGCCCCAGGAGGACCCAACGCCCUUGUGGGAGCUGAUUCUGGAGCAGUUCAAGGACCAGCUCGUCCUGAUCCUGCUCGCCUCCGCGGCUGUGUCGUUCGUCCUCGCGUAUUUCGAAGAGAGCGACGACAAGGCCACCGCGUAUGUGGAGCCGAUCGUGAUCCUCCUCAUCCUCAUCGCCAAUGCCGUCGUCGGUGUCGUCCAGGAAACCAAUGCCGAGAAGGCCAUCGAGGUACAGUGGGCUCACCGAUCAGCCGAUCAAAGUUGCGAGCUUGCUCCCGCGAUCACUCGCCAACGGUGUGCUGACCACCUCUUUUCCCCCCCGCAUACCGGCAGGCCUUGAUGAAGUACUCACCGGACGAGGCUAAAGUCCUUCGAGACGGUCGCUCGCUCAAGGUCAUGGCAUCCGAGCUUGUACCAGGCGAUCUCAUCUCGGUCGCCGUCGGCGACAAAAUCCCCGCCGAUGCGCGGGUCAUUAGCAUCGCGUCCGCCAGCUUCACCAUGGACCAGGCUUUGCUGACAGGCGAAAGUCACAGUGUCAGCAAGAGCCUCGAAGUCGUCAAGGAUUUAGAUGCGGUCAAGCAAGAUCAGAUUAACAUCCUCUUCUCUGUGAGUAGCUGCCAAUAGCGGCGAAAACAGUCACUCGGAGCUUGACGUUCUUGGGUUGUCCUCGGAUGUUCACAGGGCACCACCGUCGUCAGUGGAAAGGCUACCGCUGUUGUGAUUGCAACAGGCUCGAAUACGGCGAUCGGCAACAUCCACACUUCGAUCACCGAGCAGAUCGCUGCCAAGACUCCCCUGAAGCAAAAAGUCGACGACUUUGGCAACUUGCUUGCUAAAGUUAUCUCCGUGAUCUGUCUACUCGUGUGGCUAGUCAACAUCAGGAACUUCAGCGACCCGAGUCAUGGAGGACUUGCGAAAGGCGCAAUCUACUACUUCAAGGCAAGUGUGGCCUCUGGCCUCCGCUUGCAUGGUGAGUCGUCCUGCUGACCUCUUCACUUGGGGAACGCUCGCGCCACCGUAGAUCGCCGUUGCACUUGCCGUUGCAGCUAUUCCUGAAGGAUUACCCGUGGUCAUCACAACCUGCCUCGCCUUGGGAACGAAAAAAAUGGCCAAGAAGAAUGCGAUUGUUCGCUCUUUGCCGUCUGUGGAAACGUUGGGAUGCACCAAUGUGAUUUGCGCCGAUAAAACGGGGACUCUGACGACCAAUCAAAUGAGCGUAUGCAAGGUCAGUCGCGACUGGUUCUUUCUCAAGACAAGCAGCGUUUGCGGAGGCUGAUAGGUCUAUGUGGUCACUGCUUGCCUCGCGUGGGUUGUAUCAGGUCCUCGUCCUUGAUGCAGGUGCAGCAAAAGAGCUGUCUGUCGAAGGCUCAACGUUCGCGCCUGUAGGCAAUGUCUCGUGAGUCGAUCGAGUUUAUAUCAAGUAGGACUGGGAUAAUCAGCGCUCUCGGAUCUCUGACCUCUCCCGCUUUGCGAGCGUAUCGACAGCACCGACGACGGCGCUACUGUGACGCUCGAAUCGCUCAAAACCUCGAGUCUUACUCGGCUUGCUGAGAUCAGUGCCCUGUGCAGCGAUGCCAAGGUCGCGUACAAUGAGGUCAGUCGCUGCUCGGCGCCUCCGAUGUUGGUCCUGGAUUGCUCAGUCUGACUUGGAAGCCCACCGAUCCUUGUCGCAGGACACGAAAGUGCACUCGGGCGUCGGAGAACCUACCGAAACUUCGCUGAAGGUCCUCGUCGAGAAGCUACAAUCUCCCUCUCGCGACUUCAAUGCGACGCUUGCGUCCCUUCCGCCCAUCAAACGCGCCACCGCCGUCAACGAGUACUACGAGUCGCAAUUCGAGCGCUUGCUCACCUUCGAGUUUUCUCGAGAUCGCAAGUCGAUGUCAGUGCUUGUGCGCCACCGAUCGGCAUCCACCGCCGCGUUGUAUGUCAAAGGCGCACCAGAGUCCGUUUUCGAGCGCUGCUCUUACAUCCACUCGAACACAGAUGGGGCGCGCCAGCCCAUGUCGAGCAGCUUGCGUGCCGAACUCAGCGCCAAGGUCGAGGCGUAUGGCGCACUCGGUUUGAGAACACUCGCCCUCGCCAUGAUCGACGGGGUCGACACAGACACUGCCAAUUACCACACCGAAUCAUCUGCGGACUACGUCAAGUUCGAACAAAACAUGACUUUCGUGGGACUCGUCGGAAUGCUCGACCCCCCUCGUCCCGAGGUUCGCGGCGCGAUCGCGAAGUGUCGGUCAGCCGGGAUCCGGGUGAUUGUGAUCACUGGGGACAACAAGAACACGGCCGAGACGAUCUGUCGACAGAUUGGAGUUUUCCGUUCCGACGAGAAUCUGCACGGGAAGAGCUACACUGGAAAGGAGUUCGAUGCCCUCGCUGAGGACGAGCAGAUCCAGGCCGUUCUGAACGCGAGCCUGUUCAGUCGCACUGAGCCCGGGCACAAGCUCAAGAUUGUCGAAUUGCUGCAGGCCCAAGGCCUUGUUUGUGCGAUGGUGAGUCGCUUCGAGGCCCCUUCAUUCGUUGGCGACUUUCCAGACUGACACGCCACCGCGGAUCUGUUCUUUGAUCCUGUCAGACUGGUGACGGUGUCAAUGAUGCUCCUGCAUUGAGACGAGCGGCCAUUGGAAUUGCCAUGGGCUCGGGAACCGAUGGUUUGUUCACGGUCUGGCUUGUGUUGCGUAUCCUCGAAUGCGUCCUGAUCAGCCCUGGUUCUUGCGUGUGAAUGUCUCUAGUCGCCAAACUGGCAUCGGACAUGGUUUUGGCCGACGACAACUUUGCAUCCAUCGAGUCCGCUAUCGAAGAAGGUCGCGCCAUCUACGAAAAUACCAAGCAGUUCAUUCGUUACCUCAUUUCUUCCAACAUCGGAGAGGUAGUCAGGUACGAUAAUGCGAUUCAACUUCUUUUACCGUCUGUUUGGCUGACUCGUUGGUGCGUCUAUCAAAAUUGAACACCGCAGUAUCUUUUUGACGGUGUUGCUCGGUAUGCCCGAAGCUUUGAUUCCAGUCCAGCUGUUAUGGGUCAACCUCGUCACCGACGGCCUUCCAGCAACCGCUCUCGGGUUCAACCCGCCCGACUCGAAUAUCAUGCGUCGCCCGCCUCGAUCCUCGCGGGAGCCAUUGGUUAACGGUAGCCUCUUUUUGCGUUAUAUGGUUGUGGGAAGCUAUGUUGGAGCUGCAACCGUCUACGGAUGUCAGUUAGCGCUGCGUUAUGUGGUACCCGUGCGUCUUCCUCGCCACCCGCACUGACUUUUGUACUCGAUUCCGGUACGCUAGAUGCCUGGUGGUUCAUGUAUUACUCCGGCGGCCCUCAAAUUACUUUCAAGCAGCUUGUAAGUCCAUCAACUUGAAUGGUAUGUCUUGACGCUGGCACGUAUUCUCAUAUCGUGCAAUGUCCACCGCCGCACAUAUCCCGAACCCCACAGACCAACUUUCACUCCUGUUCCGAGCUUUUCCCCCAAAUUGGAUGCGACAUGUUCGUCAACGAAAUGUCGAAACGGGCUACUACAGUCUCUCUGUCGAUCUUGGUCGUCAUUGAGAUGUUCAACGUAGGUCGUCCGUGCACAUUCGCUUGCAUGGGAGAUGCUGACGCCCGAUCCGAUCCACGUAGGCCAUCAACUCCUUGGCCGAGAAUGAAAGCAUUCUGUCCAUGCCUCCUUGGCGCAACAUGUAUUUGGUCGUGGCGAUCUUCAUCUCGAUGUCACUCCAUUUCAUGAUCCUCUACGUGCCUUUCUUCUCGGUACGUUGUUUUGAAGCCCUUGUCCCGCACCACCUCCAGCAAGCUUUGCUGACCUUCCGCUGCUUGUGCUCCCAUGAAUGUAGACCCUAUUCGUCAUCACGCCCCUCAACUGGGAUGAGUGGAAAGCCGUUCUUGCCAUUUCCUUUCCCGUCAUCCUCAUUGAUGAGGCUUUCAAAGCCGCCUCAUCGUGGUCCACGCUCCCGGCCACUAAAACCAAGACGGCUUGA